AUGGCAUCUCAUGCUGCGAUGCUCCUGAAUCCCAAGGGCACCAAAAGACAAGCUCAAAACAAUGGUAAUCCUCCCUUUUCUUCCUCCCCAGCGAGCGAUUUGCCACCCAUGGAUGCUGUCGCUAUGUCCUGCGAGUUUCCUUUGGACAAUUCUGGGCAUAUGUCUUGUUCUCCUGGGCUUGCAUCUCCUGAUUCCCCUGGUGCUUCUUCUCAUGUUUCUACACUCCCUUGUGUGGACACAAUGGAUACCUCGGCCAUGCCUCGAGACCUUCUUGGCUCACCCGAGGCUCCUGUCCAUCUUAAGACCGAGAUGGGUACCCAUCCCAUCGCUAAGGACAUGAUGCAUCCGGCUGAAUAUUGUGUCCCUUCUACCCCUCAGAUGGAUGCUUCGGUUAUGGAUACAAAGUUUCUUGGCCCAGCUGAGUCUUUUUCCCCUUGUGCUCUCAGUUCGUUUGGUCCAUCUUCGACUCUUUCUUCCCACAAUUCAUCUUUUCUUGUUACUUCUCCCCCGACAGACCCCAUGCUUCUCGACUCCAUGGAUUCCCAAGGCUUAUUUUUUCAAGGUCCAGGAAAACAGCAGGGAAAUGGUUCAUCUCCUGCCUCUCCCAUGGCUCCCGCAGGCACUGCAGCCGCUACACGCAUUCAUCAACCCACUAUUCGCACCUCUCCAAGUGUGGCGUCGAGAAUCUCGAUCCCGACUGCGAAGUCCGAACCCAACCUGACAGUGCGGUUCAGCACCACCCAUGAUGAAGACAACGAAAGCGACACGAAAAGAAGUCACCGCGAGAUGAGUGAUGACGAAGGCAUCAUCUACCGCCCCAAUUUGAUCGAAAAUGUCUAUGGCGUUGAAAAACGGAAGAAUCAACCAACGAAGAAAAUCAAAACCGAGCAUGAUGUGGAAGAUAAAUCGAACAUGGCGGGAGCACCGGUCUCGAUCUCUGGAGAUAGCGGGCUUGGGAAGUGGAUGAAAGAGGAGGAUGUGAAAUCAACCCCAAUUUCCACUACACCCAACAUGGUGGAUUUGACAGCAGAUCCUGUGGACAUACCUAAGGACGAUGACGAAGUCCUAUGCACCGGUUCGACAGAUCUCAGCGCCCAGCGUGUCUGCUUCGGCAGAGUUUGUGACGCAAGGAUCAUGGCCCAUACAGUCCCCAGACCAGGUCCCUCUGUUUCCACCGACUGGUCGCACGCUUGGCCGUCUAUUAGAUUAGACCUGCAACGCCAGCCGGUGAAGGGCAAUUUUCAAAUUGACGUCGCGGACCCUCACGGUAAAGUUUUCGGCAAAAUUGACCCCCAAACGGCACAAGGACUGUGUCCGCUCCUGGACUCCGAAACACAUAUUAUCGAAGUCACAGCCUUAUUGGAUAUGCGGAGAGCCUCCUCACUAAAUGAAGAACAAAAUAUUUGGGGUCCCACCUCAGGGGUAUGGCGUGCAUCCCUCAAUAUCUACGGCCAACGAAAGCACGCAGAGGCUGUCGGCAACUUCCUAUCUCACCGCAACAUCUGGCUAGGAACUCCGAAUUCCGUGGACAAAGGAACUACUGUGUUCAAUCCACACGCAGAGAUCCGACGCCAGCUUGCCGCCGCAAGCGCUGCCGCCAACAACUCUGGGCGGUCUCGCCCAGGGUCAACCGUCCGAUAUGAAGCGCGAACUGCUGAAGAAGCCAAUGAUGCAGUCAUGAAGAUGUUCGACCAGCUCGCCAACGCGAACAUUCCGGCGAUGGAGCCGACUCGUCACAUCACCACACCAAUGCUUCAUCACCAAAAGCAAGCCCUUUGGUUCAUGACAGAGAAAGAAAAGCCACGCAAAUUUGGCCGAAAAGAAGAAGACAACAACUCCUUGUGGCGAAUGGAACGUGCACCCAAUGGAAAGACUCAGUACCGUGAGAUCAUCACUGGAAUGAUCUCAGAUCAAAAGCCCGAGGAGGCCCUAGGUGGCUUGUUGGCCGACAUGAUGGGCCUGGGUAAGACGCUGAGUAUUCUUUCGUUAAUCAUGUCAUCGCUUGGGUUAGCUGAAGACUGGGCCGAGAUGGCUCCUGAUCCUGUCCUUGUUCGCCAGACUCCGGGGAUUCGCAACACAAAGACAACACUAUUGGUUGUCCCGUUGAGUGCAGUGAGCAACUGGGUUACACAGAUCAAGGACCAUCUCAAGCCACGCUCCGUCACCUACUACAUCUUUCAUGGUCCAUCGCGCAUCACUGAUUUUCAGGUACUUUCCGAGUUCGAUAUCAUUAUCACGACAUACAGCACCAUUCUCAGCGAGAUCUCGGGGCGUGGCGCCAAAAGUGGAAAACUCAGUCCUUUGACCAAAAUGAACAUGUUCCGGAUUGUUCUUGAUGAAGCUCAUAUCAUCAGAGAACAAAAUGCGGCACAGACCAAGGCGAUCCUCGGGCUCAACUCCGAGCGUCGGUGGUCGGUUACCGGAACCCCAAUCCAAAACCGCAUGGAGGAUCUUCUGUCUGUGACCAAGUUUUUACGCAUUGCUCCUUACGAUCAACGAAGCCAAUUUUCCCAACACGUAUCUAGCCCGGUCAAAAAUGGAGACCCCAAUGUACUUGCCAGGUUGCGAGUUCUGGUGGAUUCAUUCACCUUGCGCAGAGUCAAGGACAAAAUCAAUCUGCCACCCAGGACAGACAAUAUCAUCGAACUAAAAUUCACCGAGAAAGAACAGCAAUUGCAUGACUUCUUCCGUGCCGAAUCAAAUGUGAUGAUGAGUGUCAUUGCUGGUGAGGACAAACGCAAGAUGGGCGGUCGGAUGUAUCACCAUGUUUUGAAGGCCAUGAUGAUUCUCCGCCAAGUCAGUGCACACGGAAAAGAGCUUCUUGACGUCGCAGACCGGGAGAGAGCCAAGGGAUUCUCUGUUAACGACGCAAUUGACUUGGAGGAGAGUGAACCAGACGAAACCCCGGCAGCCAUAGACAGAAAGGGAUGUGAGAUGUUCGCCCUAAUGCAGCAAGCCUCAGUCCCCCGGUGUGGCAAUUGUAAUCGAGAACUCGAUGAGCCCCUGAAUUCAAUGGGAGCUAUCGCCCAUAACUCUCCGAUGGCUAUUGCCCUACCAUGUUCCGAUAUUCUCUGCCCCGGUUGCUUCUCUGGCUGGAAAGAAGCAUGCGUUCCGUAUCCUCCCGACAACCUGGUCCGUUGCCUCAGGUGCGAAGGCUGGAUUCCCUUGAAAUACUCAACCAUCACACCUGCUGGCUUUGAAGAAUACGAGGCUCAAAAGGAAAGUGAGCGGCAAACCCGGAAGCUGGGUAAGAAUUUGGGUGAAUACGAAGGACCGCACACCAAAACCACUGCACUGGUCAACUACCUCAAGGAAAGUGUUGAAGACAGCAAGGGGCUUGAAGGCCAGUCACCUAUCAAGAGUGUUGUGUUCUCUGGAUGGACCUCACACCUGGAUCUCAUUGAGAUCGCCUUGCAAAACAAUGGGCUUGACGGGUAUACCCGACUUGAUGGUACCAUGACCCUUGCAGCACGCACAAAGGCACUCGAGGAAUUUGCCAAAGACGACAAAAUCAAAGUUCUUCUGGCAACCAUUGGUGCCGGUGGUGUGGCCCUGAACCUAACCUCUGCCUCACGUGUUUUUAUCAUGGAGCCCCAGUACAACCCAGCUGCCGUUGCUCAGGCGAUCGACCGUGUUCACCGUCUUGGCCAAACUCGCCCCGUGCAAACCUUCCAAUUCGUCAUGAAGGGCAGCAUUGAGGAGAAGAUAAUGGACCUCGCCAGGAAGAAGCAAGAGAUGGCUGACACGAGCUUGAAUCGCGUCAAGCAGGACAAGCGAGAGACACAGGAGGCUCGCAUGCGCGAAUACCGCAAUCUUUUCAAGUAG